CGCGAUUCUGUUCAUACAUUCUGUUGAUAUAAUUUACGGACAUUCAUUCUUAAGGAGGCGGACGAAGGUGGCCUGGUUCGAGCAACAUCCACUGAAAUUUUUUUAAUUUUUUUCUUAGAAAUGAGCCGGUGCAGGUAGCCAGCCAACAAAGGUCACUCACUGGUGAAAACUCUCAAUAUCAAACUAUCCCUCAAAGAAAACAAUCAAGAAAAAUGUCACGCGCAUCCAAGCUCACACUGCUGAGCACCUCGCUCUUUGCCGUCACGACGGUGGUGUUUGUGCACUUUCAGCAAAAGGCCGAAAAAGCUGCAAUGCACCAAGGUGUCAUCCGUGACAUGGAACAGCAGCGCAUUAAACGAGAGCGGCAACUCGACUUUGACAUGCAGCGCCAGCUCGAGGAGGAGUACAAAAAGGGCCAGUCUGUCCGCGACGUUACCCACGAGGCGCCACCUGAUCCUCCUAGUAAAGGGAGGUCAUGAGCAAUGACAUCGAGUUUUGUAUAUUAGGAAAAUGCAGUGCCCUCUGUAUAAACUGGGCAGGAGACUUGUACGACCAUUCAUUGUAUCAACACAAAAAGACGAAUGCAUCACUCAAAAAGAACAUGUUCAUCUCACCUCACUAGCACAUCCUGUAUCAAACAUAUCCCAAACCGGGCCAGCCUUUGUUUAGCUCUAUAGAAUAUACAAAGUGAAUCUGUAACUAGACUACUGUACCAGGAAAUACAUAUAGACCAA